CACUCCUCAUCCUCCACCGCCACUGCGCACCCAAAACUUGGAGGCUGCGAAAGUCCGGAGAUUGAUGCGCCACGCACCCGCAGGAUCCCCGGCAGGCACAGCGCAGGUAGGAAAAGGAGUGGGGGGGAGGGGAACAUGAGCGUGCCCAAAAGUGAAUCCGCCACGUCCCUGCUGAGAUCCUCGGUGCUCCAGCGCAUGUCGGAUCCGGCACCCCGACCGAGGAACCGGCGCGGAGGGCGAGGCGCGGAGGCAGAGUCGGGCUCCGUGGAGGAGGAGGAGGCGAGCGCCAGGAGACCUCUGUGCCGGCCCACGGAGGAGGUGAAGCAAAAGUCACGCAGCAAGUCCUGCAAGUCCAAAAGCGGGCUCGGACGCAAGGGCGCGCCGGGCGAGCCGCGCAAGGAAGUCCGAGACGACACCGAGUUGUUCUUCCAGACCGGCAAGAAGGGCGCCGCUGGUGGGUCAGCAUCCAGUCUCAGCUCGGACACCCCGGCCCGGCCCACUUCCGGCCGGAGGACCAAGAGGCUCAGCACCACUUCCGACUAUGACGCCAGUCUGCACCCUAUCGUCAAGUCCGUGUUCGGGCAGGACCGGGAGCUGAGGCCGGAAGAAAUGGACGAGCUCCGUGAGGCGUUCAAGGAGUUCGACAAAGACAAAGACGGCUUCAUCGGCUGCAAAGACUUGGGGAACUGCAUGAGGACCAUGGGCUACAUGCCCACAGAGAUGGAGCUGAUAGAACUCAGUCAGCAGAUCAACAUGAACCUGGGCGGACAUGUGGACUUUGAGGACUUUGUGGAGCUCAUGGGGCCCAAACUGCUGGCUGAGACGGCGGACAUGAUCGGCGUGAAGGAGCUGCGUGAUGCCUUCAAGGAGUUCGACACAAACGGCGACGGUCAGAUCAGCACCGCAGAACUCCGAGAGGCCAUGAAGAAGCUUUUAGGACAACAGGUGGGUCACAGAGACCUGGAGGACAUUCUGCGAGACAUCGACCUCAACGGAGAUGGACACGUGGAUUUUGAAGAGUUUGUCCGGAUGAUGUCUCGAUGACUUGAUCUCAGACCUGCCAGAACUGACCAAGUCUGCCCCGAAGCUGCACUGCUGGAACAACAACAUCAACAAUGUUGUUUGGACUAUAAACUCUGUUUUUAUCAAGAAUAUUUGUCCUUUUUUUUUUUUCUUUUUUUUUUAAGAAAAACAAGCACACUUUUUUGUGUGCUGACGUGGUUGUUGAGUGCAUGAUUAUACUCUUGUAGCCAUGGAGACCAUGUCAAGGAGAGCCUCAGAACAAUGGAGGGUAUCUCAGGGUAUUUUCUAAAAGCACUUAGACCAUGGUCGGUAAGAGUCGACACUGAUCCAAUAUGGCAAUAUGGACUUGUUGAUGUGGUUUGGGCAGGUGUGUUUGUGUUUUGUGCUUCUUGUUGUUUCCUUGUCCACUGGGACUGUUGUUUCAUUGAUUUGGUGGUGUAGUCAAAUGUGAUGUAGCAAAGGUCUUUUUUCUCUCUGCAUUCAAUGGGUACUGUCAGUCCCACUAUUUUAUUACUAUAGCAAUAUUUCUUUAACCCUUAAGAGAUCCAAGGGGACAUUUAGUUUUUUAGGUGACAUCCCCUCGAGGAUGUUCUUUUCUAAAAACAUUUUUAAAAAAGGUUACAUGUUACUCCAACUAGGCUAAAAUGACAAACAACGUUUGUCCUUGGUAUAAAAAAAAAACGUCUGUUUUUGAUCAUUCAUCCAUCUGAAAAUAAAUUAAUGUAGUCACAUAGGGUGAGAUUUCACCUGAAACUGCUGGACUUGUAGUUUCUAUUUUUGUAUUCGUCCGCCAGAUGGUGCUAUGAUUGCCCAUUCAAAGCAUGCAGCAAAACCUCUAAACUAUUACUAUCUUUUUAUUU